AUGGAUCAUGAUGAAAGACUUCGCUGGCUUGAAACUAGAAUCACUAGUUCACUACAUGCUCGCUCAGAAGAUGUUAAAAAUCUUGUUUCCAAUGAAGAAAAUAGAAAUGUUAUUUCUGAAUUCUUCAAUAAAGAAGGCAAAAGAACUAUGUAUAUCUAUACACAAACAGCCGUUUUACCAGCAUCAUUAAAGGCUUCGUUUCAACCUCCAUCAGAUCUAGAAGAUAAAUUAAUUUUAAUUCAAAAAUGCCCUGAGACAGGAAAAGUAUCAAAAGAUAACAUUUCAGAAGAAAUUUUCUAUUUCUAUCUACCUAUGCUAUGCAAUGAGCAUUUUAACGCAACCUAUGGCGAUGAUAAAGUGAUUGAUGCGUUACAAAAGUGUCUUAGCAGUUUUCAAAUUACUCGCGGUCAUGUUGAUGGCCAAAUUAUUUUACCACUCCCGCCUAUUGACAUCCUGGCAGAUGCAACAACUUAUUCUAAUCGUAGUGCUGCAGUUAUCCAUUUACUAGAAUCGGUCAUGAUUGGUUGGAUUAAACAAAUCAAAGUUGCUCUACGAUUUGAACCUAGUCAUGAAAUUAUGAAACUUUCUGAUCAUAAUCGUCCCGGACCUUUAGCAGAAGUUGAAAUUUGGACAGAUCGUUACAAGCGUUUAAAUCACAUUAUGGAGCAACUGGAUCAGCCACUUGCAAGUGAUAUUUUAAAUGAUUUAGAGAACGCAAAUAGCACUUAUUGGCAUUCAUUUCUUAGCGUUCGAAAAGAUAUCCUUAAAGCACUCGCUGAAACACGAUCAAACUUGGUCUAUCUGAAUACCAUGGUACCUUGGUUUCAAAAAUUACACGAAGCUUACGAAUCUGAUGCUAUAGCUUCAGUUUUUCCACCACUUAUUCAUCUACUCUAUUUGGUUUGGAGUAAUUCUAAAUACUACCAUGGUGUCAGCCAAUUCCAUCGGUUACUAUCUUUGAUUGCUAACGAAGUUGUUAAUCGAGCUCAAAAACUUGUAGGUAAAAGGAUUCUUGAAGAUACAGAAGAGUCGUACCUGAGGUUGAAAGAUGCUCUCAGAGUAUGCGCCCGAUUUCGUGGCAUUUACUUAGACAAAAAAGACAAAGCAGAUUCUUUGAAUAGGAGCAAAAUGGCUGCUCUUUCUGAUACAAUGUACCAAGGAGCUGGUGGUUUUGCUCAAAUUUUACUUACCGGUGGAAAUGGUGUCAAUCAUACUGAAUCAGUAGCGCUUACAGCCGAAUUAACUGACAAAAACUGGUCAGACUCACCAUGGCCUGCAAGAAAUAAUUCAGCAUUUGUCUCGCUAAAUAGUUUUAUGGAAAGAUGCAAUGACGCUCUUGAACUAGUUCAGACUUCACAACAUUUCCGUUGCUUAAAAUCAGUUGUCGAUGUUGGUGGUGCUGGUGGAAGUAGCUUGAAUGCUCUAGUUGAAGAAAUUCACAUUAAAUUUGUUGUUACAAUGAAAGACUUCUUAUCAGUAGUCACGGAUGUACUGGACAUUGAUGAAGGACAAAACUUUGAAAAUGCCUUCUUUCAUUUUAGAUCCGUCGUUAGAGAUCUAGAAUCUCGGCUAGCUAGCAUUCUCGGCCAAACGUUGACAGUUUGCCCAACCAUUGGAGCUAAGUUAAGAUUAUUGGAAGUUUAUGAAGGCAUUAGUUGUAGAGAUAAUGUCAGGGCAAGCCUGAAGAGCAUCAUUAAUGAUCUCGUGCAGUCCAUCAUGGAUGAAUUGCUAAAUGUAAGAAGUAUGUUCGAUUACUACAACGGUAACUCCCCUAGCCACGUUAAUCUCCCACCAGUCACUGGUAAAUUACUAUGGCUUUAUUCUAUUCGAGCACGUAUUCAGGAACCGAUGUCAAAAAUGAGACAAGUCAGUCCUGAUUCCCUGGAAGAUGACUUUGGCUGGCAAGUCAGGCAUACAUACAGCGACUUGAUUAAUGAUAUUUCGCGAUGUGAAAGUGAAAUUUUAAAUAAAUGGCAAAAAACUAUUCAAGCAGACUUAAGAAAUAAAUUAAAAAAGCAUUUAUUGAUAUUUGUAACAGCGGAAGACGGUAAUGGAAAGAUCUUACAAGUUAAUUUAGACCCCGGCUUACUACUACUUCUUCGCGAAAUACAGUAUAUGUCUGCUCCACCACUCAAUAUUAAUUUGCCCGAUAACGCCAGAACUCUUCUUCGUAGCACCGAUGUUUACACGAUCCGACAGAUUGCAGAUAGAUUGGAAACAAUCGCAUCAAAGUAUAAUGCAAUAAUGAAAAAUAUGAGCUAUUUUGAACGACCACUUUUUCAAGAAAAGGUCGACAAGAUUCAUCUGCUAUUACAAUCUGGAUUAGAUAAUUUAACCUGGAAGAGCGUCGAAGCUCCGGAUUUUAUUGAAGCAAUGACUAGUUUAAUAUGCUCCGACGUUCAUCGUCAUUUGUCAAUUGUGCAAUUGAAUAGCCAAGAGAUUAAUAAUGUUAUUGCAUCAUGGUCUACUAGUCAGCGACUUGAUGUAUUUUCCAUCCGAAGUCUUGAUCAUUCGUACUCCAUCGAGGAAGUACAACUUUCACAUAGUUCAUUACGGGAAGCGUACGAGGGAAAUGUAAUUCCUUCGGGACAGCGCAUUCAUACAUUAGUCAAAUCUUCCUUUGAAAAUUGUCAAAUAAGCCGCGCGUCUCCAGCUUGGAGCGAUUAUAUUAAUUAUCUUGAAGACUUAGUCAAACGGGGCUUAAAAGAAGCCACUAUGUCAUCACUUCGAUCCAUGUACAAUCAACUUACGGCUGAGAACGCUGUUCCAGUGUUGACGAUACGCCUGGAAUUGAUCGGGGAAGAAGUAACAUUUACCCCUCCUUUAACUAAAGAUACUUCAAUUCCAAGCAUACAGGAAAUUUCAACAUCUUGGCUUGAUAGCUACUUGAGAAGAGCAUCAUUAAUAAAGUGCCUUAAAGAUCCUGAUAAGACCAAUGGAUAUCGAGAUGAUAUUGAAAAUGAUCUAGAAAUUAUUGUAAUUGUUGAAAAAAUCAAAGACACUAUUGAGGAAAGAAUAGAAGAAGCUAAGAAAUGUAUCGCAUGGUACAAUGAAUACUCUUUUUUAUGGACCCAAGAUGUGCAACAAUCUUUUCAAAGCUUUCUGAGAGGAAAAAUUCAAUCAAUGCCUGAAUCACCUACUGUAUCACGUCCUAACUCUCGAUAUGAUAAAUCCGUAACACAUUCAGCCACGGUGUAA